AUAUGGUGACAAAUUACAAGAAAUGGGACAUCGAACUACAGGAGCAGCGAUGGUUCUGAGUGUAAUGCUUUGCGUGAUAAAUUUCGGUUGUUUGGACCGUUUGUUGGCAAUUAAAAAAAAGAAUUUGUAAAUGGUUUUUCUGAUGAUUUCAAAACAGGAUCCUUAAAUAAAACGCCGGAACUAAAGAAAAAUGCAUUAGAAAGAAUUUACGAAUUAUUUGACAUAUCCCUAUUAUCAAGUCCACGUUUUAUUAAUGUUAUUAUCGGAAUCGGUUUAACGUAUAUUUCGAUUCAGAAUUUCGGCAUGUUGUUCCCAUUUUUCUUACUGAAUAUAGGUAUGAGCAGAAAUGAAACGGCUACAUGUAUGUCUGCAGUGGCAUUAGCUGACAUUUUUCGAAGGCUUAUUGUACCACAAGUCCAAGUUAGAUUAAAAUUGACAGCUCGAUUGACGAUGUUUUUAACAUGCAUUUGGAUAAUAAUAACGAGGCAAAUAUUAGCAUAUCAAACAGAUUUGACAUCCUUAUUAGUUUUAUCCGCAUUAUACGGCAUCGGACGGAGCAUGGUCAUCGUAGCAAGGAAUUUGACUAUAACUGAGCAUUGCAGAGCCGACCAAGUGGCCUCUGCCGUCGGACUUGAAUACUAAGAAUAUAAUUAAUGAUUAUUUAGAAAAGUAAUUAAAAUGAAAAAUUCCCUAGUUUCCUUAACAAAAACCGAGAAGAGAGUAAAAUUAGUGCCACCUGAUGGAGGUUGGGGCUGGAUGAUAUUACUCGGUACUGGUCUUUCAAAUAUUUUCAACCAGUCUAUGCUGUCCCUAUUCAGUUUAUUGUAUGGGGAUGCAUUAGAGGCAAUGGGACAUAGGACAGCUGGGGCUGCUAUAGUAAUGAAUACUAUGUUAUGUGUAAGUAACUGUAGUGGACCAUUCGCCGGAGUCCUAGUUAAGCUAACUUCACCCAGAUUUGUAUGCGUUACUGGAUCUAUCAUUUGCACUGUUGGAAUUUUCUUAAGUGGAUUUUCUACUAAUAUUAUUCACCUUGUUAUCACUUAUGGGAUACUUUUGGGCGCUGGAUUGGGUUUUAUACAAAAUGCGUCCUUCGUAGCCAUAAAUAGUUACUUUAAAUUGAAAAAGAGUAUUGCAGUUGGCAUCGCAAUGACUGGAACGGGGAUUGGUCAGACUCUGAUGCCUCAUGUAGUCCGAUAUCUAUUGGAUAGCUACGGAUUUAGAGGUGCAUGUUUGCUGCUCUCAGCAAUGAGUUUACAUGGGAUUUGUGGUACGUUACUAAUUCAACCGGUGGAAUGGCAUAUGAAAAAGAUUGAGGAGGAAGUAGUGGUUGAUGAAAAGGUUAAUUUAUUGGAGGAAAGUAAGAAAAACGACGAAUUAAAUAAUACAGCACAACGCGCUACUUCACCGAUUGUGAAUGAUGACGGCAAACAGAAGCUAGUUCCUGAUUUUCAUAGUCAUAGGGAUUUAAAAUCAUUAGGAGAUAGUAAAUCAAAUGGCCAUCUCAAUGGAACCAGUAAAAGCCCACAGAACACGAAAAGCGGUUUAAGAAAAUUAUAUGAAUUAUUUGAUAUAUCUCUUUUGAAAAAUCCACGUUUCUUGAACGUUAUUAUUGGAACUGCUUUAACAUCUAUUUCAUUGCAAAACUUCAGCAUGUUGUAUCCAUUAUUCUUACAGAAUGCAGCAGGUAUGAAUAAACAAGAAACUGCCAAUUGUAUGUCGGCCGUAGCGUUUGCAGAUAUUAUUGGAAGACUUUCUAUACCGCAGCUUCAGGCUAAAUUUAAUAUUUCAGCUCGAAUGACAUUGAUUAUAACCUGUAUUUGGGUAUUUAUUGUGAGACAGAUCCUGGCGUACCAAACGGAUAUAUAUGUUAUACUGGUAUUAUCCUCAAUGUAUGGUAUCGGACGGAGUAUGGUAAUUGUGGCCAGGAAUAUAACAAUUUCCGAACAAUGCCAGGUGGAACAAGUUGCUUCAGCUGUAGGUCUUGGGAUGUUAAGUAUGGGAUUGCUCACGCCACCAAUUGGAUAUUUCCUAGGAUGGGUUCGAGACUUUACAGAAGAUUAUAUCGCCUGUAUCAGUGCGCAAAACGCAAUAUUGAUACUAUUCUUAAUAAUGUGGAUACCUGAUAUGUUGCAUCAGUACUACCAGAAGAAGAAAGAGAAAGUAGACGAGACCGAAAUGACGUAAAGACUAAGACACAUGAACUUGUGAUAUUAUUAUAGCUAUGAUUUUGCAUAAUCUGAUAGAGAUAAUUCCAUAGAACACGGUGGCUGUGAUAUUUUGUCCUACGUAAACCAGUGAGCAUUUAUGGAGACUGAUAAUGUUUUAUGCGAAGAGAGACUAUAAUUUAAGUAUUCCAUAUACCUCUAGACACCUAGUCUAAUAAAUUAUUGUUAAUUGUUA